AUGGCAUCCGCGACGACAUUCUACGACUUCAAGCCCGUCGACAAGAAGGGCGAACCCUUCGACCUUGCCUCCCUCAAAGGCAAAGUCGUCCUCGUCGUCAACACCGCCUCCAAAUGCGGCUUCACUCCUCAAUUCAAAGGCCUCGAGAACCUCUACCAGUCCAUCAAAGCCAAGCACCCCGAAGACUUCACCAUUCUCGGCUUCCCCUGCAACCAGUUCGGCAGCCAAGACCCCGGCUCCAACGACGAGAUCCAGUCCUUCUGCCAGGUCAACUACGGCGUCACCUUCCCCGUGCUGGGCAAGUUGGAUGUCAACGGCGACAAUGCAGCGCCCGUGUGGACGUGGAUGAAGGAGACGAUGCCUGGACUUAUGGGGCUGAAGCGCGUCAAGUGGAAUUUCGAGAAGUUUUUGGUUUCCGCUGAUGGGAAGGUCGUUGGGCGCUGGGCUAGUAUUACCAAGCCUGAGUCGCUGGAAGCAACGAUUCUGAAGGAGAUUGAGAAGGCUCAGAAGGAGGGGACGGCCGCUUCGACGAGGAAGGGUGAGGGAAAGGCUACCGAGCAGGCUACUGAGCAGGCUACUGAGCAGGCUAAAUUGUCGUAG